CCCUCAGCCCUUGCCCCCCCCCCCCGCCCCUUUCCCCUUCACGAAGCCGGCUCUGGGGCACGCUCACCCCUGUGAGGAGGCCGGAGACUGGAGGCUGGACUUGGGAGGUGUCCUUUCCGCUCCCGGAAGAUCAUGUACCACCCCAGUCGGGGGGCGGCCCGGCGUCUCGGCCCCUGCCUCCGCGCCUACCAGGCUCGACCCCAGGACCAGAUUUCUCCUCGGACUCUGCCAUUCCCACCCCUCUGGCCCCACUCCACAACCACCACUUCCCCAUCAUCUCCUCUUCUAUGGUCCCCCCCACCCCCACAUCCUCCCUCCCGGCCUGCCCCCAGGCCUUCCCCACUACCUCUUCCGCAGAUCCAGGCCCUAAAAUCACCAUGGGUAGUUCUCCCUCCAGGAAAUGGGGAGGAGGGACCAGGACCAGAGUUGCACAGCCGCUGCCUAGAUGGGCUUAGGAGCCUUUUUGAGGGACCUCCCUGCCCAUAUCCUGGGGCUUUGACACCUUUCCAAGCCCCUGGAACUGCCCAUCCUUCCCCUGCCACCCCAUCAGGAGAUCCUAGUAUGGAGGAACACCUUGCUGUCAUGUAUGAGAGACUGAAACAAGAGCUUCCCAACCUCUUCCUUCACUCCCAUGACUAUACUCUCUAUUCAUCUGAUGUGGAAUUCAUCAAUGAGAUUCUGAGCAUACGAACCAAGGGCCGGACAUGGUACAUUUUGUCACUGACCCUUUGCCGCUUCCUGGCUUGGAACUAUUUUGCACAACUUCGGUUGGAGGUUCUACAGCUGACCCGCCACCCUGAGAAUUGGACUCUACAAGCCCGCUGGAGACUCAUAGGACUUCCCAUUCAUAUGCUCUUUUUGCGUUUCUAUAAGCGUGACAAAGAGGAGCUUUACCGGACCUACGAUGCCUAUUCCACAUUUUACCUGAAUUCCAGUGGCCUCAUUUGUCGACAUCACCUAGACAAGCUGAUGCCUUCACACUCACCUUCAACACCUGUGAAGAAGCUGCUGGUGGGAGCCCUGGUGGCCCUGGGGCUGUCAGAACCAGAACCCAGUAUACACGUGUGUUCUAAGGUCUGAGCCAGGAACUGGGAUGGAAGCAGCACUGAAGACUUUGCUACGCACAAGAGAAGGAGGUGGAAGUGGCCAAGAAUUUUGAGCCAGCUGCUUCUCCUUUUCUCUCCUUCUUUUCCAUCUCAUGCUGUGUAAAGCUGCUGUGUAAUUUAACUUGUAAAUAAUAAAGUAACAAUAUGGGAUGGAAUUUCAAGUUACUUUCUCUGGACUCCAAAAGUUUCCACAAAGACUUAUUGCAAAAAUAAUUUUAUUUGACAGAUAUUAAAUAAUAUAUGGAAAUAUAAGGAAAAGGAGGAGCUGGUGUCAGGUUCCAUUUGUGUCCUUUUCUCUACCCUAGCUCUUCUCGUGUCUUGCCUAUUUUUUUGGGCAUUUUCUUAGCAUGGGGAUCUUCCAGCUCUUUGGCCUUAUAAUAAUGGGGAGCCACUUCCAGAAGCCAGCUGCUCUCAAUCUCCAAUACCUAGAAUAAAGAGAAAAUAUCAGUAGGUUUCCCUUCUAUCCAAUCAGGAAUCUUAAGUGUAUGUAGUCAAAAAAUGUUCUUUUACCUUUUUUUGCAGUG